GGCCGCCGCCGCUCCCCCCGCGCCCCCCGCAUGUCGCUGGCGCCGCGCCCCGCGCCCCCACAGCCGCCCGCCGCCGCCCUCCGCCGCAGCCGCCGCCCUUGAUGUGGUUCGGGGCCGGGCGGGGGAGAAGAUGCCGCCGUCCAAGUCCCGCAAGAUCGCGAUCCUGGGCUACCGGAGCGUGGGAAAAUCUUCACUGACAAUCCAGUUUGUGGAAGGACAGUUUGUUGAUUCAUAUGAUCCAACCAUAGAGAACACUUUUACAAAACUGAUCACAGUGAAUGGCCAAGAAUAUCAUCUUCAGCUGGUUGACACUGCUGGCCAGGAUGAAUACUCCAUAUUUCCUCAGACGUACUCCAUAGACAUCAAUGGCUACAUUCUUGUUUAUUCAGUCACGUCAAUAAAAAGUUUUGAAGUGAUAAAAGUUAUCCAUGGCAAGUUAUUGGAUAUGGUGGGAAAAGUCCAAAUACCCAUUAUGCUGGUUGGAAAUAAAAAAGACCUGCAUAUGGAACGGGUGAUCAGCUAUGAAGAAGGGAAAGCUUUAGCAGAAUCCUGGAAUGCAGCUUUCUUGGAAUCUUCUGCUAAAGAAAAUCAGACUGCCGUUGAUGUUUUUAAGAGGAUAAUUUUGGAGGCAGAAAAAAUCGAUGGGGCAGCUUCACAAGGGAAGUCUUCAUGCUCAGUAAUGUAAUUCCACUGCAGAACCUGAAAACACUGGGAAUACAUUCUACCUGAAGAAGCAAAACUGCCCAUUAUCUUUAAGGAUAAACUAUGCUUCUUUUUUUUUUUUUUUUUCCUUUUUUUUUUUUCCAAUUUUUUUUUCUUCUGUUAACCUGAAAGAUAAACAGUUGGUUUGGAGCCUUUCCCUUCAGAUUAUGUUAAACUCUGACUCCUGUGCAAAUGGCUUCACUUCCAUCUUCAAAUUUUAAGCAAUCAUAUUUUCAAUUUAUAUAUUGUAUUUCUUAAUAUUAUGACCAAGAAUUUUACUGGCAUUAAUUUUUCAGUGUAGUUUGUUGGUUAGAAUAAUCAUCAAAAUGAUGCAUAUUGUUACACUACUAUUAACUAGGCUUGGAUAUCAGUGUUUCUUUGUGUUAAAUGUAUACUUGUAAAUAAAAUAGCUGCAAACCUUAAA